CCAUAAUUUGUUUACUUAUUUGAAUAUAUUUGUGAUUAAAAUUUUUCAGGCUUAUUAAAACCUUAUUAGAAUGCUUAAACGAUUAAUACAAUCGCGGAGUAUCAAACUAUUUUGCCAGAGAUGUGUAUUAAGCGAACUUGCCACUACCCAGCAACAUAUAACACACAGAAGUCAAAAUGAAGAAUUCAAAGAUCAAGAAGUUGCUUUACCAGACAAUAAUUCAUUAUUGGAACCACUUUCUGAAGAUAUUUCUCACGUUAGCACCUAUUUAAAACCCACAUUUAAUUUGGCGGCGUAUGCAAAUAAAUCAGAAAUAAUUCAGGAAUUUAUUAAGCUUGGAGUAGAUCUGCAUUAUAUUGAGACAAAAAUUAAGGACUCUGUUCCAUUUAUUUUAGGACUCAAGUUUGAUAAUAUAAAGGACCAUAUUUUGUUUUUCAAUAAUUUAGGGGUAGAGUUUACUGAUAUAGGUAAAGUUAUUACCAAAAAUCCAUUUAUAUUUAGAGAACGGCUGGACGAUCUUGAAGUGAGGGUAAACUAUUUAAAAUUUAAAAAUUUUGAUGCUGAGGCAAUAUCUAGAAUUAUAUCCGUGAAUGCAUUUUGGCUUAGUUAUAGCACUCAAGAUAUAGAUCAAAAACUCGGAUUUUUUCAAAAAACGUUUGAGUUAAGUGGACCAGAAGUACGGCUUGUAGCUGCCAAAAAACCCCAACUGAUCACAUGUUACCAGCAAAAAGUAAAGGAAAUUAUAUUUACCAUAAAAGAGGAAAUGGGCUUUUCCCAAGAGAAUCUUAAGCACAUGAUUUUAAUAAAACCUGCAAUAUUCAUGACUGGGCAACAUCAGCUUAUAGCCACAUUUGACUAUCUGCACAAUACCAUGCAGAUUCCUCACGAGCAAAUUCUACAGGAACCAGCAAUUUUAAGAUGUAGACAUAGGAGGCUAAAGGAAAGGCAUCAGUUUUUAGUGAAAUUAAAAAGGGAUCAGUUUAAUCCUAAAAAACCAAAUUACAUAAAUUUAAUUACCAUGGUAAAGGAUACAGAUGCAAAUUUUGCUAUGGAAGUGGCAAAGAGUAAUGUAGAAGAAUAUAACAUGUUUUUAAAAACCUUAUAGAAAUAUUUUUAAGAAUAAAGACACUACUAAAAUAUUAAAAAACAA